ACGUCGGUGUCGGAAGAUGUCCGCUUUCGCCGCGCUCACCAGCAAUUGAAUGGCAGCCGCGGCUUGUUUUCGCUCGGAAGAAAUGUGAAUGUGUGUGCGUGCCUUUUGUCAAACAGCCGGACGAACCCUAAACAUCUCAUUUCAAAGCGAAAAACUCUCGUUAAAUGUCACAUUUAACACUGCCGUGGUGUGAAAAGUGAAGUUCCUCGUGCGCUUGCGAGCCAACGCUCGAAAGCGAGACGCUUUAAAGCUCCGGUCAAACUAGCUCGCUAGCCUACUUAGCAUGCUAGCUUUGGGUACCCGGAGAGCGAACGGGUUGAGGUUCUUCUUGUUGACCGACCGUCCGUUUCGUGUUCGCCCGGUGAAGGGUUCGCUGUCCGUUGCCCUCGUUGGAGGGUCGUUGGAGAACUGUUAAAGAGUGGGAGGAAGGACUGCACCAGAGGGGAAGAGACGGACAAAGCUAAAGUUAGCCGCUUAGCUGAGCUGACAUGGCGACGUGACUCACGGUGGAGUACAGGGCGGAGCGGGAAGGGGACCUACUCUGUUCGGAAGCGGAUAACACAAACGAACCGGGCGCAGAAUGGCUCGGCUAGCGGCAUUUUUAAGUGAAGCAAUCCAGGAAAGCUCCGGCGCUGGACUUCCUCAAAAAAGCACAACAAAAUGAAGGCAGCUGACGAGCCUGCCUACCUGACCGUUGGUACUGACGUGAGCGCCAAGUACCGAGGGGCCUUCUGCGAGGCCAAGAUCAAGAUCGUCAAGAGGCUGGUCAAGGUCAAGGUGACUCUAAAAGGGGAGAGUACUAGCCAGGUGGUCCACGACGAUCAGGUCAAAGGUCCCCUCAGGGUGGGCUCCACAGUGGAGGUCAAGACAAAUGAAGGAGUGUGCAGUGAGGCCAUCAUCGGCAAGCUGACAGACGCCAGCCUCUACACCGUCGUUUUUGACGACGGAGACGAGAAGACGCUGCGGAGGUCGUCCUUGUGUUUAAAAGGCGAGCGGCACUUUGCGGAAAGCGAGACGUUGGACCAGCUUCCCCUCACCAACCCAGAACACUUUGGCACUCCGGUCAUCGGCAAGAAGUCCAACCGCGGACGGCGUUCCUCGCAGGCCGUGGCGGACGAAGAGAACGAGUCGUCAUCCAGCGAAGAAGACGACGAUGACCGCAGGAGGCCCAACGAUGAUCUCCUGGGGAAAGUCUGUAGCAUCAAGAAGGAGGAGCAGCCUGCCUCCUGUUUUUUGGCACUUGUUGUGUCUCCCAGCUGCAAUGACGAGUUGGUGGUGAAGAAGGAUCAAUGUCUGGUCAGGUCCUUCAGUGACUCAAAGUUUUUUACAGUGGCCAGGAGGAACGUGUAUCCCCUCAACUCCAUCAACAUCAACAAAUCAGAGCUCUCAAACACUCGCGGUUUUGAAGCAGCUCAGGCAUUUGCGCGAAGAAAAGAGGUCCCGGAGAUAUGGAAGAUGGACAUGAGUCAAAUCUUGGACUCGUCCUCCAGCGACGAAGAACGUGAAAACGACAACGAUGAUGUGGAGAAAGAGAGUGAAGAUGAAGACAUGGAUGAGGAGGAGAAGAGGAAAAAGCUCAGCAGAGAGGAGCCGGAGGAGGAGCCAGACCCGGAGGAGCGGGAGUACUUCCUACAGCAGCUCUACAAAUUUAUGGAAGACCGAGGAACGCCCAUUAAUAAGCCUCCGGUGUUGGGCUACAAAGACUUGAAUCUGUUCAAACUCUACCGACUAGUCUACCAACACGGCGGCUGCCGCAAGAUUGAAAGCGGUACAGUGUGGAAGCAGAUUUACAUGGACUUGGGCAUCCCCAUCCUCAACUCGGCAGCAUCGUACAACGUCAAGACUGCCUACAAGAAAUACCUGUUCGGCUUUGAGGAGUACUGCCGCUCCGCCUGCAUCACCUUCAGGACAGUCCACCACAACAACAUGCGCCCUCCUAAAGUACCGGGCAUUCCCAGGAUAGGAAACAUUCCCAGGACCGGCAGGGCCGACUUCACCUUGGCCACCCUGAAGGUGGAGGACAAGGGCGAUGAGUCUGAGAGCGGAAGUGACAAAGAAGAGCUUAAGGACAGACAGAUGUCUCCUCGGGGGAGAAGACGAUGCAGCGCCAAAAUGGAGGUGUCCAAGAUGGAGCCUCCCAACAAGGGAGGAGAUGACAUCAGCGAGGAAUCCAGGGACGUGCGGCGACGCAGCAGCCGACGCCUCGACGGCUCCGACCGGGGCUCCGAGGAGGACGAGGAUGAAGAGGAGGAGGAAGAACAGGAGGAUGAGGAUGACGAAGACGAUGAAGAAGAUGAGGACGACGAGGACGAAGAGAGGGAAAGACGGCUGGGUGUCAGGAGCGAGGACGAGGAGGACAGUGAUGCCGUGACGGGGACAAAAGUGAGGGUCAAGUACGGGAGAGGGAAGACGCAAAAGAUCUACGAGGCGCACAUCAAGAAGACGGACAACGACAAUGGAGAACACUUUUACUUGGUGCAUUACUACGGUUGGAACGUCAGGUAUGACGAAUGGGUCAAGGCCGACCGCAUCAUCUGGCCGGCCGAGAAAGGAACAAGGAAGAGAACCAGGAAGAAGGUGAAGAACAAAGAAGAAGCCGACAAGGAGGAGGAAAAAAUGCCGACGUUGGCGACCACGCCCCCGCUGCCGCAUAAGACCACGGGGGCCAAGCGAGGACGCCCCCAAAUCCGGAGCGCGCCCAGCAACACGCCGCCCGGACGUAAGACGCCAAGCAGCGAGGGCCGGCUCAACGGCAAAAGCGGACGUGCCGAGUUGCCGCACAACAUGGCCAAUGGCGACAACUUGUCACGUGUCCGUAGGACAAGGAGGACAUCAGGGAUGUACGACUCGGACCGCGCCUCAAACGAGGACUCUGGGAACUCCACGGUUGACAGUGAAUCAGAAGAGCCGCCUGACAAGAAGCCAUGGCGAGGGAGGCCUGGAAAUGAGGACUCGAAGGAGGUUGAGCUGAGCCGGGCCUUAGUCGUGGCGGCCUCUCCGUGUCCUGCCACACCACCUCGCCCUAGCGCGGUGCCACAGGCCACCGCCCACGUCACCACCCCUUCCCAAGAGAAGGACCGACCGGCUGAGGAAACUAUCAAAGUAGCAGAUGAGCUCAUCGAUGCGCCUGAAGUGGCUGAAACGGCGUCACCCUCCUUGUCCCCUCGACCCGAUGCUCCACCUGCCCUGUUGGAAGACCCCAAGACACCACCUUUGUCACCGCCAGCGCUUAAAGUUCACAACUGCGAAACGCCGCCUAAACUCUGCGGUCCGGCUAGCGCCACCAGUCCCGAACUGCCUCUUCUCCCUCCUCCCCAUAGUGUUCUGACCAGGCCGGAUAAACCCAUGGUGGUGCUCCACUGCCUCCCCACACCGCGUCCCCGGCCGGAACCCCCUAUGCCACCCGUUACCACCCCGUCGGACACAGACUCCGCCAGCGAGGAGGAGGAGGAAAAACCCGAGCUGAAGCCGUCCUACGAUACGAAGCGGGAAGAGAUGACGCCCACCUCACCAAAGUCCUCGACGAGCCCCUCCGAGGCGGCCCCUGGCGCUUCACCCAAAUCCCUCCCAUCCCCACAACGCGGUGCAGAGGCGGAAAGGAGCGACCGCAAAGCAGCCAGGGCGGACGAAGUGCAAGAGCGAGCGGGCGAAGAGACUGACGAACACACGCCGGAGAGUGCCGGGACGUCGCCCCGUACCCGGGAAGUCCUGGGCCCCGCCCCCGGCGAAGAGCUACCCAUGGGCGCCGAAGCGUUACUCUGCCAUGAGGUCGACCUGGAUGAUCCCGAUGACAAGGACAAGCCCGCCUCUUGCUCGGAGUCCCGCCUCCUCGUGGCGAGGGAGCAGACACCCCCGUUGCCCCGCCGACCCUUCCUACCAGACGAGGUCUCCGGCUGCAACACCUGUCCUGAGGAGCUCCGCCCGGCUGCCCUCGACUCCCAGAUAGAGGAAGUGGUGGUGUGUGGAGCCAGAGAGAAGGAGGACGACACCCACUCCGGUCCGGAUGCGGACGCGCUGCAGGAAGCCCGAGGUCAAAAGCGUCUGGUGGAGUGCAACUCGACAAGCCCCGCCUCCAAAAAACACAAACGCAACCACAAGCGAGCCGGCGGGUCGACGUCCAAGAGCGACAAGAACAGCGCAGGUCACAGCAGCGACAGCGAGGACCAAUCGCGUCUUUCGGCUUUGCCUAAACCCAACAAGUCUCGCUGCCCUUCCGUUACGUCGCCGCACGCCAAAGACAAACAAAACGCCGCCUCACCGCAGCGAGCAUCCAAGUGGACCUUUCAGCUCGACGCUUUGGACAGCAUGUCGAGUAGCGAGAGGAUCUCCUUCCUGCAGGACAAGCUGCAGGAGAUCCGCAAGUACUACAUGAGCCUCAAGUCCGAGGUGGCGUCCAUCGAUAGACGCAGGAAGCGCUUAAAAAAGAAGGAGCGAGAAGUGUCCAACACCACUGCGUCAACGUCUUCGGGCUCGUCGGACGCCGCCAUGAGCCCGUCGUCGGCAUCUCCCGCACAAGGCGGUGUGGCGGUGGAGUGCAGGUGAUGACACGCCCGACCGACCUACGGACCACAGAAAAAGGACUGACUUCCUGUUUGACUCUUCAUCAGCCACAGAGCACUUCCGCUUUUUAUUUCCAUUCGUCUUCACGUUCUUCUCCCUCUAUUUCUGGACGAUUUUCACACGUAUGAACUCGGGAGUACAGCUGUAGGGUCAGGGGGGGAGGAGCCAAAUCAGCUGCUUAUGCAAAACAGUACUUGGACAUCAAAUUUUGUGUCAAGUAAAAAAAAAAAUUUUUUUUUUUUUACUUUUCUACGAAAUUAGAGAUUCUAUUUUGGUAAUAAAAAAGAAAAUGAUGAAUAAAUUUUUUUUCUGUUGCAUCGCAGUGAGGAUUUUAACUCAUCGGCUGCCGCGGUGGGCGCUUCAAAUGGAUUGGACGUAUGCUAGUGAUAAACUCAUCUUGGCCAGAAGAAGAACAAAUUAUUAUUAUUUUUAACUCGUCUGUCACUGACGUAAUAGACAUCCAAUCCGUUUGAAACGGAUUAGACGUCUACAAGCGAUAAACUCAUCAGCGAGAUGAUGCGUCUUGGCAAGAGGAAGAACAAAUUCAAUUUUGGAACUCAGUCUGCCAAUGACAGCGAUAGACAUCGAAUCCAUUUGAAGCCAAAGAACAUUUUAAAAAGGAUUUUUGACUUUGUAACGGUUUGACAUUUGGUGUCUGACCCGACCGCUCGCUUCUUCCCGUUCGUUUCCUGUGGCGCUGGUGGACUUUUGUGUAAAUAAGAUGUGGGUGAAAAUGUAAAGAAUGAUUUAUAAUAUUUUUAAGAGAGGACUUUGUACGCUUCCGUCAGCCGCCCAGGGGAAAAGCCUUCCCGGACGCUCGGCGACCGUUUCCAAUAAAGUUUUAAAAUAUUCA